AUCCACGUCUGGUGUGCCGCACCCACCCCUGCGGCGGCUGCUAUUGUCUCCCUCUAGUCCCAGGACCCCGAACAAAGGGAAGGGUGCCGGGCAGGGCUGGGGCUUGUCUGUCUUCUCGCCCACACGGCCCUGCCCGUGCCCGCUCCCAGCGCAGCGCUGCAGCACGGCGCGCGCCUGGCUCCGGCACUCACAGCCCCUCACCCACAAGACAGAGCAGGGGCUAUGCUCUCCGCGCGCCCGCCGGGCAGGACGGCGUCUACACUGCAGCAAAAACUGGCGCUACGUCACAGCACCAAGAGGGGGGAAUAACCAGCUGGGGGCGGCCGCGUGGGUUGCGGCAACAGCGUGCGUGCGCGCGCAUUUGGGUGACACGCAGAGGGACGAUAGUAUGCGCGCCUGCGCACUCGGGUCCGCCCGCCCGGUGCGUUCUGGGGGCCGGCUAUGGGAUUCCGUAACGUCUCUACAACAAUGCCUGGGUCUCUUCCUGUGAAUGCUGAAGCCUGUUGGCCAAAAGAUGUGGGAAUUGUUGCCCUGGAGAUCUAUUUUCCUUCUCAGUAUGUUGACCAGACAGAAUUGGAAACAUUUGAUGGUGUGGAUGCUGGGAAGUACACCAUUGGCUUGGGUCAAUCGAAGAUGGGAUUCUGCUCAGAUAGAGAGGAUAUCAACUCACUCUGCUUGACUGUGGUACAGAAGCUUAUGGAGAGGAACAGUCUCUCCUAUGAUUGCAUUGGGAGAUUAGAAGUUGGAACAGAGACAAUCAUUGACAAGUCAAAAUCUGUAAAGACUGUCCUGAUGCAGCUCUUUGAGGAUUCUGGUAAUACAGAUGUAGAAGGGAUUGACACAACAAAUGCAUGCUAUGGAGGCACUGCUGCUAUCUUUAAUGCUGUUAACUGGGUUGAGUCCAGUUCUUGGGAUGGUCGUUAUGCGCUUGUUGUUGCUGGAGACAUAGCUGUGUAUGCCACUGGAAACGCCAGGCCAACCGGUGGAGCUGGUGCUGUUGCUAUGUUAAUUGGUCCAAAUGCUCCUUUAAUUUUUGAGAGAGGACUGCGUGGGACCCAUAUGCAACAUGCCUAUGACUUUUAUAAGCCAGAUAUGGUAUCUGAAUAUCCUGUAGUUGAUGGUAAACUAUCUAUUCAGUGCUACCUCAGUGCAUUAGAUCGCUGCUAUUUUGUCUACCGCAACAAAAUCCGUGCUCAGUGGCAAAAAGAAGGAAGUGACAGAGAGUUUACCUUGAAUGACUUUGGCUUCAUGAUCUUCCAUUCUCCAUACUGUAAACUUGUACAGAAAUCUGUGGCUCGACUGUUGUUGAAUGACUUUCUUAGUGACCAGAACUCUAAAACAGAAAAUGGUAUCUAUAGUGGCUUGGAAGCUUUUAGGGAUGUAAAACUGGAGGAUACCUACUUUGACAGAGAUGUGGAGAAGGCCUUUAUGAAAGCUAGUGCUGAACUCUUUAAUCAGAAAACCAAAGCUUCUUUACUUGUAUCCAAUCAAAAUGGAAACAUGUACACCCCUUCAGUCUAUGGCUGCCUUGCUUCUCUUCUAGCACAGUACUCCCCACAGCAGCUAGCAGGACAAAGAAUUGGUGUGUUCUCCUAUGGCUCUGGUUUUGCUGCUACACUCUACUCCAUUAGAGUUACACAGGAUGCCACACCAGGUUCUUCUCUGGAUAAAAUAACUGCUAGCCUGUCUGAUCUGAAAACAAGACUUGACUCAAGAAAGUGUAUUGCACCGGAUGUCUUUGCUGAAAACAUGAAGAUUAGACAGGAAACGCAUCACUUGGCCAACUACAUUCCGCAGUGUUCAGUGAAUGAUCUCUUUGAGGGAACGUGGUACCUAAUGCGAGUGGAUGAAAAACACAGAAGAACUUAUGCUCGACGUCCAGUGCUGGGUGAUGGGCCUUUGGAAGCAGGAGCUGAUAUUGUCCAUUCAAGCAUAGUUCAUGAGCUUAUCCCAAGCCCUGCUAAGAAAGUGCCAAGAAUCCCUGCAACAAAAGAAUCUGAAGCUGUUGCUGUCUCUGUUGCCAAUGGAGAGCAUUAAUAUACCUCUGUGAGGUGCGAAAUUAAUCAAAAUGGGUGUGUGGUGGGAAAGGAAAAGGGAUUAAAUAUUAUCUAAGGUUCACUGUACAGAAAUACUCUAAUUGGAGCAUGGAAAACUGUUUAAACUCUUUGAGAGGCUUUGUUUAAUGUGGUAUCGUAACACUAAAGCAUGAAUGUAUUGGAAAAGAAAAAGGCAAAGGUUCUGUGGGCUUUCAUAACUCUGGAUGUUCGUGUUGUUUUAAAAAAGGGUUCAGGAAUGGGUGUACCAAUUAUAAGAUCUUGGUAACUGGACACAGAAAAACAGGAAUUUUGCUUGACUUCCCAAAAUUUUUAGUGAAACCUUCUAAAAUAGGCUGUAAAAUUUUUUUAAAGGGGGUGGGGGGAGGUGCAGAGGAGGGAGCAACGGGUUCCCUCCUCUCCUCAAAAACUGACCAAAAGCCAUUUUCUCUCUUUCAAUUUCUGAAGUCACUUUGGUUUUUAAUGUUGGGGUCCCCAGUGCCUUGACAAUAAGUAGUCAGUUUUCUAAAUACAAUAUACCCCUUUCUUUCCCUGCUUAAAAAAAUAAGUUAGGAAUAGGUAUUAAGUGAUCAAAAAUCUGUGACCACUAGAUAGGUUUGGUCUCAGUCUAACUCCCAGUGUCUAUAUCGCAUCACUUUUAUCCACAUCCUUAAAGCCCACCACUAUACUGUUUUGGCAACAUUAGCAGAGGCCAAGGACUGAAUGAAGUUGGAUUGUCCUUCCACUGAGCAGUUCUUGGCAGGGCAGUGGGAAGAAAGCUAUAUCUGUCAAAUAAAGGGUUUAGUUCCCUAAUUCUUUCAAUCUGGCACCUUUUAAAAGGCCUUUAGGUUUAAUACUCUUUUUUAUUUUUUUUUUUGUCAGAGUGAUCAGAGAGCAGACUUCUAGUCCUCAGUUUCCAAAUACUAUGGGGAGCUUAUCAAACUGACAGCCCACAAAGGGAAAAGAUAUAAUAGUUUGUCCUUGACUCCUAGCUCUUGCUUUUACUGUAUUUUUCUUCAUGACAAUUUUUAACUCUGAACUCAUGAUUGGCUUCAUGUUUCACACUCCCCUUGUACUUCUAUAAGAAGACUGUUGCAGGAAAACACAAAAACCUUUUUCCAUCCUUCCGGUCUGAAAGCUGUUCAUCAGGCAAGGAUUAAAUGCCCAAAACUAGUGGGCAGACCAUUCUGAGAUAUUAAGAGCCUUGCUAACUUGUAAAAUAUAUUUAAAUUGUUCUAAUGUACAGGACUGAGUCUCUUGUUUAAUUUUAUUUUACUGUCCACUUCAAAACUUAAUUGUCUAAUAUAAACUUGCAGAAAUGACAUGUUGCAAAAUGCAGAUUUUUGUGUAACGUAGUGUUUGUAUAAUACACCAUAUGUCAUUCACUAGGAUUUGGUAACUUUUUCUUUUUUGUUGUACAUGUACAGUCAACUUUCUAAAAUUUCAUUUAAUAUGAACUGAUGUGGACAAAUGGUCUAAGUGCUUUUACAGAAAGUGAUGGAGAAAUGAGGCAUGAAGAUACUUUGCAAGUGUUUGGGUUUUUAGUUUCAUAAGAGCAACUUAAUUUGUCACCGGAAGACAAAUUUAUCACAGAAUAAAGUCCAUUGCUGGCAACGGACAGGCCAAGAACUACUGGCACAAAAAAAUUAACUUGCCAUCCUCACUAACACUGAAGCAGAUGCUUUUGUAAAUAAAGUUUCAGAGAUAUUUGAAACCGGUGUUGGUGUAGUGCUGAACUGAUGUGGACUACAUCUCUUAAAUGGAUUAGGACAAAUCUAAUGACCCAGCAAACACUGGAGAGUAUACAGGUUACUGAUCAGGGAACCCAGGCUACGCAGGUGUUCUGGUGUAAAUGCUUCCCUUUUCUGUUGUAUAGUGGAAUAUUAAGAGGAAAAUUAAUCAGACUGUCUAGCUGACACUCUAACCUACAAAUAUUUAGAAUCAUGUUUUAGGACUGUUUAUUUCAAUAUUAUGUACAGCCUGUUCUUUAAACCCAAACCAUUUCUAAUGCAGCUGUAGUCUGCAACAAUUCUAUUCCCAUCCCCUUUCCUUCAAUAUUUUGAAAGACUUGAUAGCUUAAUUUUUCUUGAGUGUCCUCUUGCUCUGCACCCAUCUAUGACUACGAUGCAGUCAGUUUCCCGUUACUUUUCCUAGCUCCUCUUUACUACAUAAAAGCAAAUGAAGGAAUAUUGAACCACCCCUCUUCAUUUUUAAUGUAUGAAAAGAGCUAUUUAAAACCCUACCAGGCCAGUGUAAAGAUGGAAAAGCUGCAUUUGAACUUAAGUUCUGGUUGUCUGUUAGUAAUACAAACUGAAGCUGUGCAACUUCAAUUUUUCCUUGGCCUAACAGGGGCUUACCUCUAGCUGUCAAAGUAGCCAUUUUAACUGUGCCAGCUCAUAGUGGUAUAACUAUUGGGGAAACAGUCUUACAGUUUGUAUUUAAGUUGAUAGUAGGGGGGAGCGGAGCCCAGAACUUCCGACUUAAGUGGAAGUAGGGGUAUCUUUGUCUCCUACCUUACACACAAGGAUUGCAUAGGGCAACUGUCUCUUAAAAGGGUACAUAGCAAUGUGAAUAAAGCAAGGAGACCACUAUUACAAGAGACUAGAAUAUAAAAAAAAAACCCAAAUCAAACAACCAGCCAACCGCUGUCCCACUCUUGUGUAUGGUUUGUGGUAUUUGGUGGUUGAUUUUUGAUACUAGUGACCAUUAAAAGUAAAACAAAAACAAACUGUUUCAGCUUUCGGUGCUGAUCUUUACUGCUGAAGCACUGCAUUGUGGUAUGUUUCCUUAAUGCCCUAUUCAAGGACAUUUAAUGUUGAAUCUAUAAGUGAAGCUAAAGCCAGAUAAACUUGGAGUCUGGUCCUGUUAGCAAUAGCCCAUGGCCUUCAUUUGGAGCAGGACUGGGUGCUGUAGUUCUGCAUUCUUGAUACCUCGUCUCCUUACUCAUGGUCUUAUUAAUAAGUAUGUCACAGAGGUAGCAGAAGUCACAGAGUCCAUGACUUUCUCCAAUCUCCGUGACAUUGGGGCCCUGCAGCAGCGCAGCCACUGCUGCCAGCGGGGGGACGCUCUCGCCCAGCCGCAGCGGAGGACCUCCCUCAACUCCCAGCCGCCCCCUGACCGUCCCCAAGCUCCUAGCCGCUGGGCAGGGGUGAGGGGCCACAGCUCCCUGCCACUACAUGCAGCGGGGCAGAGUGGUGGACCCUCCUGCCUCCCCAUUUUGUCAGGGAUGUUUUUAGUAAAAGUCUAGGACGGGUCACGGCUUCUGUGAAUUUUUGUUCAUUGCCCAUGACCUGUCCAUGACUUCUUUACUAAAAAUGUCCAUGACAAAAUCGUAGCCUUACUUAUUAAUUCACACAAGGAUCAAACCAUACUAAGGCCAGUAGAUGGCAGCAUAGCUGUCAGUACCCAGGAGUAGCAGCAUUUCUCACAGUGGUACUAAAAUAAAGGUGCAAAAUGUUUGAUUUGAGUUAGUGGAGCAGCAUGUUAGGGUUUGACUUUAUAUAUAGGAUAACUUGUGAUACAUUACAGCAAGAAAUACCUAGACAAACCAGAAGCAAUUUUCUGGAUUUUUCAAAAGCUGAUCCUGGACUAAUGAUGAGAAAGGGAAAAAAAGGUUAGAGCCUCUUUAUCUGUCAAGGUGGAAUAGCUAAAAAUGAAGUGCUAACAUUUAAUACCUCAUAUAUGCCUGUUAGUCUUAGCUUAAGUAAAUAGUUAUAGAUUCCUUGUAAAUAAAUAUUCACAGCUGUUCAGGAAUCAGUCUUUUUAAAUAACCAGAUUUUGUCCAUUGCAAAUUGGCAGUCAUUUAGAUUCCUGUACUGUUGUGACUUAACAUCAGGCUAAUAAAGUAAUAUUUCUGCAAGUGGCCACAUAUUAUAAAUAGCUGUCCUAAAAGAUCAGCCCAACUAUAUUGAGUAAUUCUACUCAAUUAUUAAAAAACAUCCAUUCAACAACUUGUAUUUGUUAAUCAAUUAAUAUAUCUUCCAUUUUACAUGUGAGGUCUGUGGGCCAAAGUGCAAACACAAGCAAGUCUGUUUGAGCACACCAGUCCUCUGGAUGAACUAAUACAUUUUGAGAUUUAAGGCAGUUUUGGUUUAUUUAAAAAUUACAAAAAUGUAACAUCAAAGUUUACUGUGAAAUGAAUAAAACCCCUUGUUAAAGUA